UCGUUUCGGCUCAAGUGUUGGUGCCAAGAGAGACCGAGAAAGACGACACCAACAAGGCGGCAUCGAAGCGUCGUGAUGCUGCUGUCCAACCUUGCGUGCUGCCGAGGACCGCACGCUGACAUGGCAGAAAAGCAGCCAAAGCUGGUGAAGCAGGAGACGGUGAUCCGGACCAAGUCGAUGGAGGCGGAUGUCAAGGUGGGCUGCCGCAUGCCCUGCCGCUCCUGCAAGAGUGGAGAGAACAACAGCGACGGCGGCGGCCGCGCGCGGAAGCACCGUGGCUACCUCCGGCGCCUGACCCAACCGUACUUCCUCAGUACGGAAGCUUCGGGAUGGCGCUUCGCGUGGUUAGUCUGCUCGAUGCUCUGCAUCGUGUUAGGGCUCACCUUGUGUCUCCUUACCUUGGUGCUGAUGAUCAUGCAGGCCUCCAUGCCCGAGUAUGCCGAGAAGAUGGUGUCAGGCGACAGUGGCUUUAUGGGGCUGAUGUUCAGCAUGUGGAAGUCCCCGGGCGGAGGUGCGAUUUAUGGCUUGAGCGCCUUUGGCACGGUAAGCUUCAUCAUGCACCGGCAAUACUUGAAGGGACGCCGGUGGAUCGGAUGGAUUUUGCUCGGAGCCAUCGUCUUUGUCCUUUUGAUCAUCAAUAUCCUCAACACCGGCAUCGGCUUCAUUGCCCGAGAUCUCACCAAUGCCUUGGUGAAGAGGGAUGGGGAUUCCACCUACCGGAUCUUGACGGCCUAUGCAGCUUGCUUCAUCGUCGCCUUGCCGAUUCGGAGCGCUCAAUUUUGGUUCACAGCCAAGCUAUCCAUCCUUUGGCGCGAAUGGCUCACCAGAAACUUCAUUGACAGCUACAUGAGCCAUCGUGCCUACUACGACAUCAAUCCCAACGAUGAGGCAAAUACCGAGGUGGACAACCCAGAUCAACGUAUGGCAGAUGAUGUGAAGACUUACACGAGAGAGAGCUUGUCCUUCACAGUCGGCGCAAUCGACUCCUUGCUGACCUUGGUGCUGAACAUUGUGGUGCUUUGGAGCAUCAGUCGAAAGCUGACGCUGGCGCUGCUGGCGUAUUCGGGGACGGCGACGCUGGUGCUGAUCUUGUCCAGCCACAAGCUGGUGCGCAUCAACUACAAUCAGCUACGUUACGAGGCGGACUUCCGCUAUGGCCUCGUCCACGUGCGCAACAACGCCGAGGCCAUUGCCUUCUAUGCGGGUGAGGAGCCUGAGAAGAAGGAGACGAAGCGGAGAUUGGGCUGGGUGGUGACGAACUUCAACUACCUCAUCAAGUGGGAGGUGAUCAUCAGCGUUCUUCGGCGUUCCUAUGGCUAUGCAGGCAACUUCUUCCCCUACCUCAUCAUGGCGCCGGCCUACCUGGCCGGUGAGCUAGAGUAUGGAAGUUUCAUUCAGUCCAAGUUCGCCUUCAACAUGGUCGAGUCA